CUUCAUCAUAAUUCCUAUAGUAAAGGUGCAAUAUACAUAGGAGCACUUUUGGCCCUCUAUUGACAACUAUAAAAUGACAAACAGGAGAGGCGGAUGGGUAUACGAAUGAAUGAGAGGAGGUAUCUUUGGCGUUUGAGGAGAUCAUUCUCUUCAUCUGUACGAUUUUGCCCCAACAUCCCUUGUUAAAAAUCUUGUGUUCUUCAUGUUACCCCUUCUCUGUUCCCAUGCUUCAAAUACGGUAGUAUCGGUACAAUUUGGAGAAUGACCAUACGUUGUUCGGUGAAAUCUUCUUGCUCCUAUCGUAGCAACGUAAAGGUUUCAAAAGAGGCAAAAGUUUGUGUGCUCUUCACUUUCUGUUCCCCAACAAAUACUCACUUUUCCCUCUUUCUCACACAAAAAUGAAAGCUUUCACCACGGCUAUUCUCGUUUUGGCAAUCGGCUUGGCCAAUGUCCAAGCUGCGAAGAAAUGCGUUCAAAAUUACAACAUUGGACAAUCUGACAAGCAUGGCCUUUCUUGUGGUCCUGGAAAAGAACCAUGUGUUGCUUUGUUGAACGAAGGUAAAUUUAUCAACAGCCCUUCCAAGCCAGUCAAAUGUGAUUCAAACAAGAAAGUAUGUCAAUAUGCCGAUGAUUCAAUGUUGACCGUUCAAUGCAAUCAAGGUACGGUUACAGUGCAAUUUGUUGGUAGCAAGAACUAUGCAACUGCUCAAAACCAUGCACAAAAUGCACACACCUACUUUGUUUCAAAUCAAUGCACACACCCAAGUAAAUUGCAUUCAAAUCAAAAGGGUGAUACUUUGGUGGUGAACUGCAAUGCAUUGAAACCUGAUGCCAACGGUAAGCCAACUGCAUGCAAUCCAGAUUACGCUUAUAAUCGUGAUAAGGCCGCCGUCAAGAACGCAUUCCAAUGUGGUCCAGGAAUCGGAAAAUGUGUCACAGUUGAAGGAAAAGAUGGUGAAAUCGUCAGAAGCCCAAGUCAACCAGUCGCAUGCGAUCCUGAUGGAAAAUUCUGCAAAUUUGGUGAUACAGCAAGUUUCUCUGUUAAGUGUAAUCAAGGAACUUACAAGGUCGACUUUGGCAAAAAAGAUAAAUUCAGUGGUAAAGUUAACAACUCCAAUGCCUACUUUAUGAGCAACAAGUGUACCGGACCAAGUAAGGAUGAAUCAACUUCUAAUGGUGAUUUGUUGGUCGUCAACUGUAAUCCUCUUGCUCCUCCACCCGACGCUGGUGCAGAUCCGGUUGCGGAGUCCAAAGUGAAUUAGAUGAUUCGAUUCUCAUUCAACCUUCAUAUUGACAGACGAUAUAUCUGUAGUCAUUCACCUUACAUUCUCAACUAAUCCAAUCUUUUGCCUCUUUCC